AUGGGGCAGUCCAUUGUCGUACUCAACUCCGCUCAAGCCGCUUCGGAUCUUCUCGAUAAACGCUCAGCCAUUUACUCUGAUCGAGUCAACGCCCCCAUGGUAAACGACCGUGCGCUACUUGAUUGGUCAGACUUUGGAGGGAUGCUGCCGUACAACGACGCCUGGCGCCGACAACGUCGGAUAAUGACAAACUGGCUCAAUCCACGUUCUGUAAUCCAGUUCAAUGGACUCCAGCAGGAUGAGGCGCGUCUGCUUCUUGGGCGCUUGCUUCACCUGUCGGGAACCCCUGGCCUUUUUGAGAAAGUAAAACACCAGUUUUCCUUUACAACGGGAUCAACUAUGUUGAGAUUGAUCUACGGUUAUCGUCCCAAAGAAGACCAAGAUUCGAUCUAUGUGAAUGCCCUUCAAGCCUCGAUAAACCUUUUUCAAUCUACGAUGAUUAACUUUUUGGUCAAUGCAUUUCCAAUCCUUGCUCGCGUUCCCGACUGGGUUCCUGGGACUGGUUGGAAACGCACUGCCCGGAAAUGGAGAGAGCAAAAGAACGAAGCGGUCAAUGCACCCUACGAAUGGACAAAGCAACAGAUUGCGAAAGGAAAUUUCGAGCACUCUAUUCUCAGCUCCUUACUGCAGGAGGAUGAAUCUAGUAGUGAAUUGUCCAUAGCCGACCAAGAGAAGGAAUUGAAACAACUCUGUUACACGCUUUUUGUGGGUGAGGAUUUUGUUCAACAUCUAAGACCAGAGUGUUAUAAAUACGUAACUUAUGGACAAAAUCAAACAGGUGGCACCGAUACACUAGCGACAGCCUUUUUGAGCUUCGUUGCAGCCAUGGUGACUAAUCCAGAGACUCAAAAGAAAGCCCAAAACGAGAUUGACUCCGUCAUUGGCUAUGCAACUAGGCUACCAACACUGGCCGAUAGUUCCCAGCUACCCUACAUCCGGCAGCUAACUCUUGAAGUUAUGCGCUGGUUGCCCACGGCACCAACAGGAGGCCCUCCCCAUGCGUGCUCCCAGGACGAUAUUUACCGAGGAUAUAAUAUUCAAAACGGGACUAUGGUAAUGGGUAAUGUUUGGGCAAUGAGUCGCGACGAGGUCCUCUACAAAGACCCUGAGAGGUUUGAUCCUGAGAGGUUUGCUGACCCAGACGUUGUCCCUCCCCCAGGCUUUGGAUGGGGGAGACGUAAAUGCCCCGGGACACACUUUGCCGAAGCAUCUCUCUUCCUGGUCAUAUCAUCAAUGCUCACAACCUUUGCCCUUUGUUGCAAGGUAGACAAGAAUGGAAAGGAAAUCACUCCCAAGAUUGAGGGAGACUACAAUCAACUUGCUCUCACUAUCAAACCAUUUGAGUUUGAAAUUCGUCCACGAUCUGAGGAACAUCGACAGCUUAUCCUUGAUAACAUCCCUAAGGAUUGA